AUGUCUCUCAAAUCCCUCCUCCUGUUCUCUGUAGCAGCGUUGGCUGCUAACCCCGCUGUUAUUGACACCGACGUUGCCAUCAUUGGCGGUGGAGCAUCUGGAGCUUUUGCUGCAGUGCGGACCCGUGAAGAUCUCGGCAAGAAAAUUGUGUUGAUUGAGAAGUCAGAUCGCCUGGGUGGCCAUACCUCUACAUGGCACGAUCCAGUCACUAAAGCACCAUUCAACUAUGGACUUGGGGUAUUCAUGAACAUGACUGCCCCACGGGAAUUCUUCGCUCGAUUCAACAUCUCCCUAAAGUUGCCCGACAGAGCGGAAGGGCGAACUGUGUUUGCUGAUUUUAACACUGGCAAACGUACUAAUUACUCCGAGCCCACCCCGGAAGAAACAGCCGCUGCUAUUGCAAGGCUUGGGCCUGAGUGGUACAAGUACGAGAGCAUGAUGCUACCUACAACCCAGAACUUCCCAUCAGGCGACAGCAUCCCCAACGACUUACUUCUACUCUGGGAUGAUUUUGCUCGCAAAUAUAAUGUCGAGCCUGUAACCACAACCAUCUGGAACAAUGUGGGCAUCGUUACUGACAACGCUCUGAUGAUCGAUAUGUGGAAGGUGUUUGACCCUUCAGUGCUACGUGGUGUAAUGGUCCCCGUUUCAGAAGACAACUCAGAGAUCUUCGACAAGGUCUCGCAAUUAUUAGGCAACGACGCCAUGUACAAGAGCCAAGUCGUGUCAAGUAGAAGAACAGACAAUGGCGUGCAGCUCCAGGUGCAAGGCGAUGGAGGCAUGGUCACAGUCAACGCCAAGCGACUUCUCAUCACCAUCGGCACGAACCUUAUUGAUCGAGAAGUCUAUGAUUUGGAUGACAACGAGGACGCCCUCCUCCACUCUGUUACCGGCAAUCGUCAAUGGGCUGGGCUUGUAUCACAUCCAUCAUUGGAAGGGUUUUCCAUCACCAACUCUCCUGCGGCAGCUGCACCAUCAAACCACCUAGUCCAUCCCAGAGCGCCGAGCUUGCAGGCUUUCGAAUUCCUUGGAAACUCUUCAACGGGUCCAGUAUACCGUACCAUCAUCACCACAAAAAUGGAGCACGACAUGGAGGAUGCGAAGAAUGUUGUUCAGACAGCCUUGCAAAAUCUCAUGAUUGCCGGCACAGUGCCUGAUGGCAACGUCGGUCAAGUCGACUUCAAAGCCUUACACGAUCAUGGCAUGAUGUACCGACACCACUCUCCAGAGCAACUCCGUGCUGACAUUGUUCGCCGAACCAAUGCGCUGCAGGGUAAACGAUCCACUUGGUACACUGGAGCUUCAUGGUCCGUACAUAACGCUGCCAUGCUUUGGAACGCAACCGAUAUCAUUCUCCCAAAGAUGUUAGAAGGAAUGUACGAUUAUAUGAUUUCAAACGUUCACGCCACACCAAUAUUCGAUGAAUUCAUGGCGUUGAACAGUUCUGAUUGCCUGAACUUUUGGGCUGAGUAG